AUGGCGCACCAGUACGUACAUUUCCGCCUACACACCGGUGAAAAACCACUAAAGUGUUCAGAAUGUAACAAGGCAUUCCGUCGCCAUUCAACGUUAUGCCAGCACAUGAAGAAACAUCGCGGUAUAAAAAAUCACGUGUGCAAUAUUUGCAACAAAGCCUUCUAUGAAGUGUCGAAGCUUAAUGCGCACAUGCGCAUACACACAGGUGAAAGACCCUUCGAAUGUCAAUAUUGUGAUCGAAGAUUUGCCCAGCAAUCGGCCCUAAUAUACCACCGUAGAACGCACACGGGCGAGAAGCCGUACAGUUGUAAAUUGUGUUCAGCGAGGUUCACAACGUCAUCUGCGAGAAAUAAUCACUUGCUGAUACAUACGGGGCAUAAAAAAUUAGUGUGUCCCAUCUGUCUCAAAACCUGCAAGUCUCGGACGGAACUUCGAUUACACACAAACAAACAUGCCGAAUCUGGUGCAUUAAAGAAAAAUGUGAAAGCGCAAGAGAGUAAGUCAGAAGAGCCCAUCGAAGCAGAGAAGACUGAUGAAAAAGACGAAAAGAAUGAAGAAGAAACAGAGGAAUUGGAAACUCCUUGUCAGAAGGACCAGGAAACGCAAGCCCUUAUACAAACUGAUAGUGGUCAGCGGCGCUUCAAGUGCGGCCUAUGUGUGAAGAGUUACAGGUACUUGCAUAGUUUGAAGAAGCACUUGCUGAGUCAUGUGCAAAUGUGCGUCUUCAAUCCCGACGGAUCGGAGAAAUUGUAUGCGUUUAGGCAACAGCAACAACAGCAGCAGCAGCAGCAACAGCAACAACAGCAGCAGCAACAACAGCAGCAACAACAACAGCAACAACAGCAGCAACAACAACAGCAACCGCAGAUACAGCAACUGUUACAAGUUCAGCCGCAGCAGGUACAGCAGCAAGUCGUUCAACAACUCACUCUCCCGAUUCAUCAACACAUACAGAAUGUCCAACAGCCUUAUCCAGUAAUAUCGUCCGUCCAAUCUCUUCAAUUGCAACAAACACACCAACAUAUCAACACUCAACCCCAGCAACUUCAGGUACAAACAAUACAAUUACAACCCCAUCAGCAGCCCAUUCAAAUACAUGCGGUGGGAAUGCAACAAGAGCAGUUGCACGUGGCGUCAUCUUCUUGUCAAACGAUGUUACCAAACAUAUUACAGUUGCAAAAUGGCACGGUUGUGUCAGGCCUGUCUGCGCAGGAGUUGAGUGGCGUCGCGCAUCGAAUUAUUUUACAACAACCCCCUCCUCACCCGGCUGUUUACACCAUACACCAUUAG